AUGGAAGUUGCAUCACAAAGUGCUUUGGUUCCGCUUCGCCGCCACUUCUGCCGUAUCGCUGGCCGCUUCCUGGAUCGAACGAACACGGAGUCUGGUGAUCCUGUUUGCGCGGCAGAUCGACUAAAGAACCAAACGGGUACAAACACCCAAACAAAGCAACUGCUCACGUAUUACAAAGGCGCAAGUGAAAGGAGUUAUGUAAUGAUCCGAAGCAUCGUUUUUGUAUGGCUUGCAUAA